AUGGAGAAAAUGAACGGGACUGGAAACGGAGGGUUUAGUAGCACGGAGAUGGAAUACAUUAGACGACACCACAAUCAGGAGCCAGGGGAGAAUCAGUGCGCUUCUGCACUUGUUAAGCAUAUCAGAGCUCCCGUUCCUCUUGUAUGGUCUUUGGUGAGAAGAUUUGAUCAACCUGAGAAAUAUAAACCAUUCGUGAGCAGGUGUGUGGUGAGGGGGAACCUUGAGAUUGGGAGUUUAAGAGAAGUUGAUGUUAAGUCAGGGCUUCCUGCUACAACUAGUACUGAAAGAUUGGAGGUUCUUGAUGACAAUGAGCAUAUUCUAAGCAUCAGGAUUAUUGGUGGUGAUCAUAGGCUUAGGAACUACUCGUCUAUCAUGUCCCUCCACCCAGAAAUUAUUGAUGGAAGACCAGGAACCCUGGUAGUUGAAUCUUUUGUGGUAGAUGUGCCGGAGGGGAAUACCAAAGAUGAGACCUGCUACUUCAUUGAAGCCUUGAUUAAGUGCAACCUCAAAUCACUUUCAGAUGUCUCGGAAGGGCAUGCUGUGCAGGACCUCACUGAACCACUUGAUCGGAUGCAGGAGUUGUUGAUAAGUGGCUGA